AUGCAUUUCCGCAAUCUAAUAUACUAAAUACUCUUUGAUCUCCUUAUAAGUAUUUUUGCUCUGUGACUAAAAUCAUUUGUCGUGUUUUGAUAUUUAUGUCAAAGAAUAUCGUUUUAGUAAUACAUUUAUUUUAUAAUUAUUUUUUAAAAAUAUAUUAAAAUGGAAGAGAAACAGUUAUACGGUGCUUUAACAGUGUACCGUGAACGAGGCGCGUAUCUGCGCCGCCUCGAACAGUUUGAGAAAGCGAAGGCUUCAUACGACGAGGCGUUCAAGAGCGCUUCCGAAGAUGUGCGCACUCUUACCGGCCGGAGCCAAGUGUGUGCUGAUGCAGUCAAACCAGCCCAAGCGUUUGCAGAUGCGGAACUGGCGCUUAAACUCGAACCACGUAAUAUGAAUGCUAGAAACAUGCAAGCACGGGCGCUCUACACCAUGUCCGAUUUUGAACGAUCCGUCGUUAUGAAUUAUCGUGGCGCCAGAGCACGCCGCCAACCGCCUUACUUCAUAGAGGGUAUAAAUCAAGGCGUGGAAACCAUACAAGAUUGUAUAGGCAUAAAUGCAGGCAAUGUGAUGAUAGAUUUUUUACCUCUAAUUAGACAAAGUGAAGCCGCCCGUACUGAUGAGAAUGAACCGCAAAAACAAUUACACGUAUCACGAAUCCCAAAACCUGAACGUAAACGAAAAUUGACUCAAAUGGAAGCGCGCAAACAUAGAACUUUAGCACGAGUCCUUGCUAUGAAAUAUUUAGGGCCCAUGGCGUAUGAUAAAUUUUUUCUUCAGGAACUUACAGAAGAUCCUCGGAUCAAAUCUGCGAACUCUGCUGGUAGCGCUGAACUCAAAGAUCUAGUUACGGAAACUCUGAGAUCCCUCAGUGAAAGACAGGAGAUACUGCGAUCACAACGGCCGUACUAUAGUAUAAAAUUAGCCGAGAAAGCAGUAUCAUCAUAUCAAACCAAAUAUAAAGAGGCCGUUUUGAUUAAAGAGAGGGAAAUUGGGGCAAGAACUGCAAACCGUUUAUUGCAAUCUAUUGAAGACAGCCUGAAUGCCAAUCGCGUCAUGGACUUGAUUACACAGGCUGAACGAAUGCAAAUAUUCCUUGAUAGUAAAACGCCUCGCACAUUACCAGACAAGGAAUUGUACAUAGAUCGUCUGUAUAUGGCUGUAGGCGAAGCAUAUCUUUCUCAACAUCGCCUCUCGUACACCCUCAGUGAACGCGGUAAUCGCAGACGUAUUGCAUUUCUCAUGGGAUUGCCGGUUGGGCGGCCGACUUCAUUCGACUCUGUCUUGGCAAAUUACCCUUACAAAUUCAUUGACAUUAAACAAGCGACAGAAAAAGUUUUGGCAACACUCGAGAUGUGCGAGAAUUCGACAAUGAAGUGCUGGCUGAUGUACGAAAUGGCACGAUUACUCUGCACACAAAAGAAUUACGCCCUUGCCAAGUUUUAUGGGAAACGCUGUCAACGAGAGGCAUAUGAACUAGGAAAUAUAACGUGGUGGCUGAACGGGUGUUUUGCUUUGAUGAGUGGUGAUAUGCAACAAGGUAAUGCGAAUGAAGUGCGUAUUCAAGUCGAGGAAGCACUUGAAUGGUCAAAAAGGUUGCCGGAACCAGAACGCGUACAAGCAUUCUUAGCAAAAUGCGCCGAAAUGGCCGCAGAAACUAUGUCAGCAGACGACCGCAAAGCUAUAGUGCAGCGCGAAAAACAGAUCAUCAAUGUAAUGCCUGAUGAACAGAAAAUCGAGACUCAAGUUUUGUUUAAGCGCAUGUCGAUCGUGCCAACGGGGCGACGGUUCUCCGUGCUGCCGCGUAAGGGCGAUGCAGGGGAAGGCCAACCAGAGCGCCGGCGCUAUCGCCAACGCGGCCUGUCCGUUAUACCAGGACCUGAGCAAGCGCUACCACCGCAACCGCAAUCCGGCACAUUGGGUUACCAAAUAUUUGACAUCUGAUACAACAUCAAUUGAAUUUGGUUUCUACUUUUUACACAUAAACACAUUGAAAGUUCAUAUAAUUCCGAUGAAACUGUAAAACAAGAGUUUUGUUAAAUAUUUUAUGACAAAUACAUUAAUAUAUAUUUUUUGACAAGCAUUCGCGAUAAGUAGGACUUCAAUUCGUAAUCAUAAUAAAUUUCUUCAUCUUCCGAAAUUGACCCACUCAUUUAUUUUUAUAUUGUGCAAAUCGAUAUAAUUGUAACGACCCAUCAAUAAAACAAAUAUGUAUUUGAUAUCCUUUAAUCUAAUUUUUAGGGCGAAACACUAUUGCAUGAUUUCUGAAAUUAUUUUUUAU